AUGGCGGAACGUCUCAACCAGAUCGCCCGCCAACUCAACUACCCCAAGGGCCUGCUCGCCGGCCAAGUCGCCGUCAUCACCGGCUCGGGCCAAGGCAUCGGGGCCGAGUGCGCGAGACUGUUCGCCAACGAGGGCGCAAAAGUGGUGGUAUCCGACAUUGACGCCGCCAAAGCAGAGGAUGUAGCCUCCAAGAUCAGAGCCAACGGCGGUGAAGCCCUCGCUGUGCCCGGCGACUUGCUCAAGGACGAGUCCAUCAAGGAACUCGUCAAGAAAGCGGCCGAGUUUGGCGGUGGCAAGAUCCAUAUCCUCGUCAACAACGCCGGAUUUACUUGGGACGCUGUCAUCCACAAGAUGACCGACAAACAAUGGGACACAAUGCUCGCCAUGCACGGCACAGUCCCGUUCAAACUCAUCCGCGAAGCCGCCCCCUACUUCCGCGUCAAAGACAACGAACCCCGCAACAUCAUCAACAUCUCGUCCACCUCCGGCCUGCACGGCAAUGCAGGCCAGCUCAACUACGCCAUGGCCAAAGCCGGCGUCGUCGGGCUAACCAAGACCAUCGCCAAGGAAUGGGGCCCGGCCUUUGGCGUGCGUGCGAACACAGUGGCCUUUGGGUACAUCGAGACGCGAUUGACGGCGGAGAAGGAGGCUGGAGCGUUUGUGGUGGUGGACGGGCAGAAGGUGGCGUUGGGGAUUCCGGGGAAGCAGAAGACGGCUAGGGCGGCGGUGGGCGGGCCGGGCCCGCAUGCGGAUAUUCCGUUGAGGAGGCCGGGGAGUGCGACGGAGGCCGCGAGUGCGGUGUUGGCUGUGGCGUCGCCGUUGAGUUCGUAUAUUACUGGGCAGACGAUCAGUGUGACGGGCGGGCGGAAUAUCUGA